CGAAGGCCAGGAAGGAGGCGCGCUCGGCGUCGCUGGAAGAGUGGAACUCCUGGAGGGACAGUUAGCGCCAAGUGUGGAUUCACCAGGGGCCGGCAUCCCCAGAUCUCAGAGAUCAAUCUUCACCCCGAGGCAGGUGAGAAGACAGCAGGAUGAGGAGGGUGAGCUUGAGUCCACAGGAGCAAUCGGAGAACAAUGUGGUCCAGUUCCUGAGGCAACCUCGGACCAUUGCUAGGAUCCUAGCUGGGCUCUUCUCGCUUAUCAUAUUUGCCUCCCUGGUGACCGACGGCUACCAGAACUUGACAGCUUCAUCCCAGCUGCGCUGCGUGCUGAAUGACAAUAGGGUGGCCUGCGGCUAUGCCAUCACAGCCGGGGUCCUGGCCUUCCUGCAAUCCUUCCUCUUCCUGGCCUUCGACGCUUAUGACAACAUCAUCAUUAGCCACAAGGUCAAAUCUGUCAUCCUGAGUCUGGACCUGACCUUCUCCAUCAUCUGGUCGUGCAUAUGGUUCGUUGGCUUCUGUUUCCUGGCCAAUCAAUGGAACAGGUCUGCUCACCACUACCUGCUGGGAAGCAGCUCAGCCCGCGCCAGCAUUGCCUUUGCUUUCUUCUCCAUCCCCUGCUGGGUGUACCUGGGCUACCGAGCCCUGAGGGGCCUGUUGUCUGAGCCCCCCAUUCCCUACAAAAAGUCCUUGGACGAAGGCGCUGUGGCCCUGACCACGCUCUCUUCUGUCACCACCACCUCCAUCUCCAACAGCAUGGAGUAUCAUAGCCCCACCGAAGGCAGAAGAGCCAGCUCCAUCCCCUUCCCGCAGACUCCAAGGGGAAACCGGCUCACUUUCCUGAAUGACAAUUAG